AUGGAUGGCCAGGCAGCCCAACAACCUGCCUCCAACCAGCCAGUCCCACCACAGCAACAGCCGUCUUUGAUCCGGACAGACCAAGUAGCUAAGCUACCGCAUCUCAACGAUGCUCAGAAAUCGCAACAUACCCAACUAGUCCGAGGCUUAUGGGACAUCCUCAACUCACGCGAUCCCUCAAGCGAAGAAUACCGAAACGCACAACUAAGGCUUAUGCAGGUGUCGCAAAAUCUGAUGAAAGGGAUGCAGCUAUUCAGAACAAAGUUGCAGCAGCAACAGCAACAGCAGGCCCAGGCUCAGGCCCAGGCUCAGGCUCAAGCUCAAGCUCAGGCUCAGGCUCAGGCUCAGGCUCAGGCUCAGGCUCAGGCUCAGGCUCAGGCUCAGGCUCAGGCUCAGGCUCAGGCUCAGGCUCAGGCUCAGGCUCAGGCUCAGGCUCAGGCUCAGGCUCAGGCUCAGGCUCAGGCGCAAGUGCAACAGCAAGCUCAGCAGCAGGGUCAGAUACAACCGGUGCAGCAACAACAGCAGCAACCCCAACAAGCACAGGCCGCUCAAAAUCCGCAGCCCGCUCAGUCAAAUAGCAAUCCAACGGCUUUCAGUCAACUUUUACCAGCUAUCCAGGCCAAGGUCAAUACCGUGCAAUUCCAGUUACCUCCCAAUGGCACCCGAGAACAAACCGCCAACUGGCUAAAUGAAGCUAAGCUUCGGUACGGAAUGGCGCUACAAAAACAGGAGAUUGGGCGACAAAGAAGUCUGGAAGUACGACAACAAGUGCAAGCGCGCCAAAGUGCCGGGGGCGCUGGGUCGAUAAGCGCAGAGGAGAUGCAAGCAUUCAGGACGCGACAGCUACAAGCAGAGAAGUUGUUUCGCGAAGGACAGGAAUUCUUAAAAAAGUUCCAAGAGCAGCAAGAAGGGUUUAGGGCUGCCCGAGCGGGCGCUGCAGCACAACAGCAACAAGGUGCCCCAGCGCAGCCGGUAGGACAAUCGCAAGCUCCAAACCAACCAGCCACUGCGGCGGCCACUCCCGUCAGCACCUCUACGCCUGUUCACCCAACACAGCAACAAGCACCAGCACCACAUACAAUCAAUUCUGCUGUCAAUGCAGCUAGAGUCCAAGCUGGUCAAGCACAACAACCAAGUGUUCCCCCUACAACACAAGCAGCUCAAGUUCCAAGUGCUGCGCCUCAGGCCCAAAGUCAGACUCCUACCACAGCAGCCACUCCAGUAACAGCGCAACCACCUGCUCAGCCCGUUGCAGCCACAGCUCAAACUGACGGGGCAACUAUGGCAGCUCCUGGUGCUCAAGGCCAGCCCCGCCCACUUUCCCACGAAGCUGCCAUCUCUCAAGCUGCAAAAUCUUACCAGGGCAACAACCAGCAAGCCCAACAACCAAACCAACAGGCCCAGCAAGCAGGUACCCCUCAGCCAGCUGGCACCCCUCAUGCCCAUCCUCCUGGUUACAUUCAGAAUCGUUCAGCUGAGACUACCAGUCGUAACCACAACAUGGCUAUCCCAAAGAAUUUGAACGUCGCAGCUCCAGAGCCUGUUGCAAUGGGGACCCCUCGUCCUACUCUUUCAGGAGGUCCCAGCCACGGCGCCAUGGGUGUCAUGGGUCAGCCUGCUAUUCAGAAGCAUCCUGGCUACGUCCUUGAGGGCGAAGGUCAGCGCGUAUUGAGCAAGAAGAUGCUCGACAUUUUGGUUCGUCAAGUCACUGGCGGAGGUGAGGGCGAGGGCCUCACUCCUGACGCUGAAGAGUUCAUCCUUCAAAUGGCCGACGACUUUGUCGACGACGUCAUCACAGCAGCCUGUCGUCUCGCCAAACUCCGCCCAUCAUCCACCCUCGAGAUCCGCGACAUCCAACUCGUCCUUGAGCGCAACUACAACAUGCGCAUCUCUGGCUUUGCUACUGACGACUUGCGUACUGUCAAGAAGCCUCAGCCUGCUCAGGGCUGGACUCAGAAGAUGUCUGCCGUCCAAGCCGCAAAGGUUACUCAGGGCAAGGCCGAGUAA